CAACUCUGAAGUCUCAACAUUCCUAAUUCCUAAAAUCCUUUUCACUGAAGACUCAUGUUUCUAUUGUUGUACUAAAGAAAUCCAUAACUUAAAUUAGCCCUCGGAACUUGAAUCUAAAUUAUAAAGUGAUUUCACACAAAAAAUCUAUCAAAGAAACCGGGGCUGCUCUUCAAGAGUAUGAGUUUACUACAGUAUUGGUGAAUUUGCUUCCUCUGUUAAAAUUUUUCAUCGAAACGAUCUUAUACGCCGCUUGUAAACAAAGAAAUUGGGACAGAAAAUGUGGUCGCACUUAGAACGUGGCAGCUCGCCAGUGGAUUGGUGUGAAUCAAACUACUCUAUAUCCCCUGUUAUUGCCGAAUUCGUUAACACUAUCAGCAAUGUCUUAUUUCUCUUGUUGCCACCAGUGUUAAUACACUUGUUCCAAGAAUAUUCCAAAUUUGUUAACCCAGGUAUAAAUGUACUAUGGGUACUCUUGAUGGUUGUUGGAAUGAGCUCAGCUUAUUUUCACGCUACACUGAGCUUAGUUGGGCAACUUUUGGAUGAGCUGGCAAUUUUAUGGGUAUUCAUGGCUGCUUUUGCAAUGUUCUUCCCCAAGAGAUAUUUUCCCAAAUUCCUAGGAGGGAAUAGGAGGAAGCUGGCUUUCUAUUCUAGUUUAUUUUCCGUGGUGUCUACUGGCUUCCUGGUCAUGCAUCCGAAAGCUAACGCGUUCGCUCUGAUGACUCUCGCCUUGCCAGCUAUCGGGUUUUUAUGCAAAGAAUUAAAUAGAGUUAAAUGCGCUCGUGUCUACAGGCUGGGUCUGCGGUGCGUAGGAGUUUGUUUCUUAGCAAUAUUUUCCUGGAUCAUAGACAGACUGUUCUGCGAGGCUUGGCUGUCCAUAGACUUCCCAUACAUGCACGGUGUGUGGCACGUUCUUAUAUUCAUCGCGAGCUACACUGCUCUUGUUCUUUUUGCUUACUUCAACGUGUCCGAGGAGCGGCCCGAACAAAAGCCUCAACUAAGGUACUGGCCACGAAACGAUUUCGAAUUGGGUAUCCCAUACAUUACUAUCAAGCAUCCGUGCAAAAAGGACAGACAUUUAGCUAUCUAAAUGUUAAAAAGUAUUUACGAAAUUAUAAAUAUUGACAGAUAAAAUAGUAUGACGUGCGAGUUGAACGCCAUCAGGACCGAAGUUUUUGGAUAUCGGCCAAUUUAAAUUACGAGCAAUGCUAGUGUGUAUAAUGUGUAGACAAAUCUGUGUAUCCUCCUUAUUUUAACUACGUCACUAACCAUUAUCACACUGCUAGCGCUUUUCUCAAGAUGGCAAAAUCACGUGCUGUAUAAUAUUCAUACACAAAUUAUGAAUGUAUUAGUGGCAGCUGAAUUUGCUGCAUGGGUUGGAUUUGAUUUUUAGAUAAAUUAAGGUUUUUCCGAUUUGGUUUUUAUGACCAAGUGUUAGGUUUAAUAAUAAAAUCGUCUUACAUAUUUAGGAAACUUAACUCGAUGUUAUCAUAAACAUAAUGUACAAUGUAGGGCUCUACCAUAAACUGGAAUUUAGUGUCGAACAGACAACUGAUGUAUUAUCUUCAAAUAACACUUAUCUUAAUCUAUAUUCUAUAGACCAGGUUCAAUGUACAUAUACCUAAUAAGAUCUCUAAAUUAUUAUUUAUGAUGGGAUAUUCCAAUAUGAUCUUAAAAUAUGAUUGAACUGUAAUAUCAUAUUUUGAACAGUCAGGAGCUUGCCUUAGCGCAAAAUAAGUGAAAUAGAAUAUAAUACUGUUCUUUACUAUUGCUUUUUCUCGAGAAUCAAAUUUUAGUUCUUCGUAAAGAUAAGACCUAGUGUCUCUGAUCACGUAGUUCUUCGAUAUAAUUAAAGCAAAAUUACCUCGACAAUCACUUUCCGAAUAAAUUAUGUAGGUACCGGAAUGUAAAACUUUGACAAACAAUUUUAUAUGUAUAAAAUAGAAGCUAUAUUUAAUUAUAUAAUAGGAAUUAAAAGUAUCUCCCAAAUAUAUAAGAAAUCACCGCCGAAAUUUCGAUAAGAGCUAAUCAAUAAUAUUAUCGUCGCCGAUAUCGAUAUUCCGGCCAGAUUUUUUUUAUCUGACAGGGAUAUAUUUUGUACAAAAGACAAUAGGUAUUUUAUGGCAUUUUGGAAAGAGAUGUUUAAGUUUGUGACCCGUAAAGGAGUGCCAAUCUGUGAUGUUAAGACUAUUCAGUAAAGAUGUGCAAUGUGUAGUAUUAAAUUAUUGAUAUGUGAUGAAUCAUGAAUAUUUCAUUAGCAUAGUAAUUAUUAUAUUUAGUUUGCAACAAGGUUUGUAGUUUCACUGGAAAAUUACACCUACGAUUACCUAUCUAUCCAUGGUUGAGUCCAGUGAAACUAUGUACUGCUUUCUACAUUUUUUGUUAUAUUUUAAAUCUUAUUUUAUUUUAUAAUCAGUCAUUUAUGACGCUUUUAUUAUAUAUUAUGUUUUUUAUUUCCAUUGUAUUUUUAUAAUGAAAUGUAAAAAAGAAGUAGCUUAGAAAGCCAUAUCUACAUAUUUAAAUAUUAUUGUGAUUUGUAAUGUUAAUUAUUUACCUGAAAUAUUUAAGUACUAAGGGAAUUUUGUGAAAUGAUAAUUUGUGUUUUAAGUG